AUGGAGUUUAUUGAAGAAGCGCUGAAGUUUAGCUUAUAUGGGCAUGUGCAUUCGAGUUCUUUUGCGCCAUUUGCAACCGAUAUUCAGCAAGAUGGCUGUUUCGUCCCAACACCUAAACAGGUUCGGCUGUUCCAGUCACAGCUUCCUGGGGGGAGCCUAGGGGUGUUCUCCACCACGUGGAUAAAACGAGGAACCGUGAUGGGGCCGUUCACUGGACGCAAACUGAACGUCGAUCAGAUAGAUCACAUAAAUCACAACGCUAACGCAUGGGAGGUGUUUGGCGAGGACGGCGAGGUGCUGUUCUACGUAGACGGUGGUCGAGACUUAUCGCAAUGCAGCUGGUUGUCGUACGUCAACUGUGCGCGCAGUGAGCAGGAACAGAACCUCGAGACGUUCCAAGUGGAACACAACAUAUUUUACAGAGCUAUCAAGGAUAUUCCACCAAAACAGGAGCUUCUCGUGUGGUAUGGAGCCUCGUUCAACAUGUACAUGGGACUGCCAUGUUCUGCGCAACACACCAAAGAUCAGGUGCUACCUAAAGGUCCAGCAUUAAAAAGUGACUCCGCCAAUACAGACAUGAGGGUGGGUGGCAAACAGAGGUGUGUUCUCUGCAAUCGAGGAUUCAACUCUCGCAGCAACCUGCGAUCACACAUGCGCAUUCAUACGAUGGAAAAACCCUUCCGGUGCAAGUUCUGUGACAAGAAAUUCAGCCAAUCGUCUACCUUGAGAAAUCACACCAGGUUACAUACGGGUGAAAAACCCUACAGCUGCCUUGUAUGUCGCAGUUCCUAUUCUCAACUAGCCGGACUCCGAGCCCAUCAGAAAAGUGCGCGACACAGAAAGUGAUUCAUCUGAUAAAUGCGCCCUCUCAUAAUUCGACUGUAGGUAGAACCAACUUGGUCUCGUCCAGUAAACGCACCUGCUAAAUAAUAAACUAUCUCGGUUGCAGCCCUGUGACACAGCUCCCCCAUUGACUAUUCCUGUGGUUUGGUGAAAUCGACAACUUUAGUGUAUCAGUCUGACUGAAGUGGGAAAACAGAAAUAAAAUUAUUCGUAACUCGU